UUAAUAUUUUCAAUGACAUUUUAUUGUUAACUUGAGUACAAAACGGCAUUAUUUUUAACCUCCCUCAAUGCAGUUUAACGGCAAACUGUACAAACCACAUUUCCACGUGCACACCGUGCUCUAUAGUUUACCGAUAGUUUCUAUACAUGUAGCCGUGUAGUGAUGAAUCGGUACAAAUGAAAAACAAGUUUAUUUGAACUGUCAGUACUUUAUAACCAUGCCGCGCCUUGCUGAACAUUUGCGGAAUCAAGCAAUUGGUUUACUUGAAGCUGGUGUUUCGAAGAUUGACGUUGCACGGCGAUUUAAUUGUCAUGUUAGCACUAUCACUCGUCUACAGAAUAGGUACAAUGCCUCUGGCAGUGUCAAAGACUUACCAAAAUCCGGUCGACCACGAAUAACCACUAGGAGACAGGAUGUGAAUAUUCGAGUGGGGCACCUACGUAAUCGAUUCGAAGCGGCGUCCUCUACAGCUAGACGAACAAUAGGUACUCACGGGCGCAGUAUACACGCAAACACAGUUCGAAAUCGGCUUAAGGAAGUUGGUUUGAGGUGUAGGAGACCCCUCAAGGCAUCACGCCUCACUGCACGUCACAAACGGGAUCGACUACGGUGGGCUAGAGUGCACAUUAGAAUGAACCGUAGAUUCUGGAGCAGGGUACUUUUCUCUGACGAAACUAAAAUAGUGCUGAGCAGAGCCGAUGGUCGUGCACGUGUUUGGAGGCACAGGAACGAGCGUUAUGCCGAAGCCUGUAUUCAGACUUUUAAUCGUUAGGGUGGUGGCUCCAUUCACAUAUGGGCAGGGAUGUCACAGUUUGGAAGAACAGAUCUUGUAGUGUUCGACCGUAAUGUCAAUGCUCAGACCUAUGUCAAUGAUGUUGUAGCACCUGUUGUCGUA